CCAGGGCCUGUGUAGGAGAUGGUUCUCGCCAUGAUGGGGGCUCUGUACCCCAGGGCUGGGCUCAGUCUCUUCCUCUUGUACCUCAUCCUGGCGGCGGCUCUCCUUCGCCCCCAGCCCCUGAGGUCUCAGCGGUCUGUUCCUGAGGAGUUCUCCGCCCCGCUGGAACUCUCGCAGCCACUUUCGGGACUGAUGGAUGACUAUGGGGUCCGACCCAAGCACCCCUGGCCACGAGGGCCUCGGCCCCUCCUCUCCCAGGCCCAGCAGCGCAAGCGGGACGGGCCAGACAUGGCUGAGUAUUACUACGAUGCACACCUGUGACGGGAAGCCCGCAUAAAGAKAUUCUGUG